AUGACUUCGCGGCCCUGGCGGGAGGCGGCCACGCUGCUCCUGGCGGUGGGCGGCGGGCGGCCUCGGCCCUCGGCCGCCUUCGACUACCAGGUGCUGCUCCUGCAGCGCAGCGCCCGGAGCGCCUUCAUGCCCAGCGCGCAGGUCUUCCCGGGCGGCGUGGCCGAGCCCGCCGACUUCUCUCCCGCCUGGCGGGAGCUGCUGCCCGAGGGGCCGCGUUGCGGGCUGGGCGCCGAGCCCCCCGCCCGGCCGCCCCUCUUCACCGCCGGCCGGCCCGAGCUGGGCGAAGCUUCGCUGCCGGCCGACGUGGCCUUCCGCAUCUGCGCCAUCCGGGAGACCUUCGAGGAGAGCGGGCUGCUGCUGCUGGAGCCCGCCGCCUCCCGGGCCGACGCGCCGCCUCGCCUGCUGCCCUCGGCCGCCGGGCUGGAGGAGUGGCGGCGGCGGGUGCAGGGCGACCCGGGCAGCUUCCUGGAGCUCUGCCGCCAGCUGGGCUGCGCGCCCCACCUGCGGGCGCUGCACGAGUGGGGCAACUGGCUGACGCCCGUGGACCGGAGCAGGCCCGGCCAGCGCCGCUUCGACACCGCCUUCUACCUGUGCUGCUGCCCCGGGCAGGAGCCGCCCGCCGUGUCGCACGACCGGCAGGAGGUGGCGGGCUGCAGGUGGUCAACCCCUUCAGAAGCUGUUGAACUUUUUAACUCUGGAGACAUCUGGAUAGCACCACCUCAGCUUUAUGAGUUAUGUAGGCUCUGCCGUUUUUCAUCCCUUCAUGAUCUGGAGAGGUUUAGCUCAGGACGAGCUUUAGAAGGUUGUGAACGCUGGAUGCCAGUUCAGUUGAUGGCUUCAGAUGGCCGCAUAAAUUUGUUGCCAGGUGACGAUUUAUAUCCAAAAGAUCCCGAUUUUACUGGCGAAAGGAAACCUGUGUUGACAACAAAUAAAAACAUUGAAGAACUAAUGAAAGAGGUCAAAAACCUUCACCGGAUAGUGAUACGAAGCCUUACUAAUGUAACUAUCCAUAUGAAUAUUGAAUCCAAAUAUAAACAUAUAAAUCCAGUUACAGUGGCCUCUAAAAUGUGAAAUAAUGCGGAUUGCAACUGUCAGUUGUAGUAUUUCUCAUACUGGAAUUACUAAAUUUUGAGAGAUGUUGGAAUAACGAAGAAUUAAUACACUAUGCCAUCUUGUGGACAUACCUGAAUAUUUAUGUAAAUUAUUUCAGUUUCAAGUUGUGUUGAUCAGUAUAAUUCUGGUCAUGCAAAGGUGCCUAUUCUGGAAUAGAGAUCUAUCUUCUAUGAACCCAAAUUUAAUUUGUUUAUUUGUUUACUUGUAUAUUAUAGCUAUACUGAAAUAUCCUUAAAAGAUUUGAAGUAGUUUGCAACUUAAAGUUCAGUACUGUAAACAAAAGCUUAUCAAAUUAUAUUUUAACAUAUUUGAAUUAUUAUUACAGUUAUCAUCAAUGAUAAGUAGGCAUCCAGAGUACAUGGAUCAAGAGAUUGAAGCUCCACCCCUUUUUAAUAUGCAUUUAGUGCAUACAACAAACAUUAAAAAGGGUGGAACUUUGAUCACCCAUGUGCAUCUGCUGUUUUAAAGGCAAUAACUAUUCCUGCAGAUGCUCCUGUUGACUGAUAGAUCAUUUGCCAAAAUUGAAAAGAACUGAGUACUUUUGAAUGUAUCAUAAUAGUAUUGUUCUCUCUACCUGGAAAUAAGUGCACUGCAGAUUGUAAAAUUAUUAAAUGCAUAUAUUCAGAACUGUAUCUGGGAAGCACUGUUUUAGACUAAUUUGUUUAGGCUGACUAACCAGGGAAUAAAUUCCACUGAAGGCUUGGA